UAUACACCGCUGGGAUGAAUGAAUUCGCUGCUUCGUAUUUGAAGCGAUGUCACGUGCUGACAUAUCUUCAGGAUGCUAUUCCUCAACGCUUUCAAGUACAAUUUGGAGGUACAUUUCAAGAAUCAAUGGACAGAAUAAAGAAUUUGACAUUGAAGUUCUUACAAAGAGCAAUUCAUUCAAUAAAUGGCCUAGUAAAAGGACUUCUUUUUCUGGUGGUUGACAAAAAGUUACAAUGAGGUGUUUUUCCAAUGACUUCCCAUUCAGGAGAAUUUGAAGGACCGAUUGUAGUGACUGGCCCUAACUCUGAUGCUCUGCAAGACUUCAAGAAAACGCUGAACGAACUGAUUCCACAAGUUGGAGACAAGCAGUUGCAAGUACGUCUAGGCAAAGAGCUGUUCGAAGCAAACUUUAGUUACUCUAAGUGUUUCCUGGUAAUGCCACGCGGAGACCGCACCCUCGUCUGCGUCGAAGGUGACCGAAGCAGCAUGUACCAGGAACUCAAGCAACUGUGCGAAUGCACAACUGGCAAAUGGGAUGUAAAACGAGUUUUUAUUGUAUUGUAUCGAAACGAAGACACGAAACAGGAAUUGUACGAUAGUAAAGUCAGUUUGUUGUGGGAUCCUGGACCUCAAAAGAAACUUAAAGAUUUCGCAGACGUUAACCAUGUAAUCAGCUUUAAGAAAGUUUUGAAUUCAAAGCAAAAGGAGGCACUUAAGACAUUUAUAGGAUUUAAAAAACCAAUCGUUAGACAACCUACUUCAACGGAAUCAACAAAUGACAAAAGAACGACUUUGUCAAGUACUGAUUUAGAAAAAUAUUCUUGCUGGACGAAGAUCUUCAUGCUUCUUUUGUGGACAGAUGAUCAACAGAAAACUUCUGAAGUGACUACACAGAAAAAUGUGUUUGAAAUUUCUACUGUUUCUGACCAGGAGAAAAUCUUUCAUUGGUGUUUUAUGCCGCCUCAGUGACAAAACAAGAGAUUAUCAGACGUCUUGCUGCUUCCAGUUUUGAACGUGGAAGUAAACAUGUAUUAUUGGUUCUAGACUGAACAAUCGUUUUAAUAAUAUGUAGGGUUGCAGAACUUUGUGCCUGUAUAUCCUAUCAAGUAUUGAAAUCUUAAAUAUCCAUAUUUUAAAAAAUUAAAUUAAUAUUAACUUAAUUAACUUCAAUAAAUAU